UCCAUAGACUAGCCUCCCUGAAGCCGAGCUCCUGAACAUGGGUUCUUUCCUGUCCCAGCCUCUACAGCAGAUCAAGGUCCCUGCGCCUCCUGAGGCCACCAACUCCGCCGAGUCCCUGCUCCGCCCUGCACCUGGAGCGCCGACCUCUCCAGCGGAAGCCCCUCUAUUUAAUAACUGCUGGAGCUGUCGCGUGCUUUCAGGGGCGGGGCUGAUAGGGGCGGGCGGGUACGUGUACUGGGUCGCGCGGAAGCCCAUGAAGCUGGGAUACCCCCCUGGUCCAGGGACUAUUACGCAGAUGGUCAUCGGCAUCAGCAUUGCUUGUUGGGGUGUAGUCAUCCUUUCAGACCCCAAAGGAAAGGCCUUCCGUGUUGACUGAAAGUACUGCCUGUGAAGUCAUCUUCUGUCCAUGUCCCCAGGACACGAGAACAAGCAUGGGUUUAUGGAUGUUCUGGACAGACAAAUGGACAUUGACAGACUUCAGUCCUGAGAAUACUACAGAACUGAAAGACAAAUGUGGGUUGUUACUCUUUGGCCUUGAGUGUUGUGGCCGCUUUCUCAGGCUCCACAGGGAACAAUAAAUCUCUCAGAGAA